AUUGAGCCGAGUUCCGUGUGCUAACAAGGCACCGGGGAGAGCCCUGCCCCUGGAAGCUCGUAAGGCAGAGCUGCGAUGUUCCGGAUCGAAGGCCUCGCUCCGAAGCUGGACCCAGAGGAAAUGAAACGGAAGAUGCGCGAGGACGUGAUCUCGUCCAUACGGAACUUUCUCAUCUACGUGGCCCUGCUGCGAGUCACUCCUUUUAUCUUAAAGAAAUUAGAUAGCAUAUGAAGAUUUGGCAUCACGUGUGAAUUCCUGAUAAGAAGAACCUGGUUCCGGUAUCUGCUCCCAUCUGCAAAUGAGUAGAC